AUGAUUUUUUUUUCCUUCCCCAGUAAAUAAUGAAGGUGACAUUGGUAACAAUCCUCCUGGCGGCGGUGGUGGCAGUGGGUCAGACCAUGGCUGCCAAGGGCCUCAUAGCACGUGACGUGAGCGUCGGGAUAUGCCCUACCUUCAGCAACAAGGAGGACCUGGACCCGGUGCCCUACCUGGGCCCCUGGUACGAGAUCGAGCGGUUUGAGUUGGCGCCCGAGAAGGACAUGGACUGCGUGAAGGCCGUCUACUCCGACCUGGGUGACGGCUUGGUCGAGGUGCACAACAUGGCUCGCAGCAACGGUUUUUUCACUGAGAUCUACGGCACGGCCACGGUCAUCGAACCAGGCGUGCUGCUCGUCGAAUUCCCCGGAAGCGUCCCCUCCGAGUACCACGUCCUAGACACCGACUACACCACCUUCUCCGCUGUGUACAACUGUGAGCAAGUCGAGGAGAUGCGCUUCCAGUACGCUUGGAUCCUGUCUCGCACCUCGACCAUGGAUCAGGAGACCUAUGACUACGCCCGCCAAGUCUUCGUGGACAACGGCAUCGACGUCACAAUCUUCCAGCCCACCUACCAGGGCGACGAUUGCCCCUACGUGGAGUAGGAAAGGCAGCCUCAUGCCUAUUCCAAGAAGCAUUCCCGUGACGUCGGUUUUCCUGUAAUUAUAUUUCCAAGUGCUUCCAAGGCUCUGUGCACGAUAAGCGUCAUCCGUAAACCUCCAAGAAUCCCAAGGCAACGUUUCCGGGUCUAUCAGUGACCAUGAGCUAAAGCCUACAAUUCCCUGUGUCUUAUAUUGUCUUAUUUUUAAGGAUUAUGUUUUCAUUAAAAUAUCAAUAUUUGACUGUAUUAAAA